AUGCACGACAACGUUCUUGAGCCAAGAACACCUCACAAGUCCAGCCUUCGCAGUGGCAGACAUUCAAAGACACAGUCUAUUUAUGUAUCUUUGAAAACUCACAUGAACGACAUAUUGGGCACUUCCAGAGAAAAGCAUAGUGCUUAUAUCAUCGACAGCCAGUUCCCCAGGUCUGUUCCGAGAUAUGAUACGCAGUAUUCGUUACUAGAACAUUCAACGCCUUCCAACAACGACCUCAACUUGCAUAUCAAUUCCUCAUCUCCACCAGUCAAAUCAACAAAGAAGAGCUUCCGGUCUCCGAUCUGCUUAGCAAGAAAAAUAGGGCGUCAAAUAGGAGGCUUCCGGAGCGGAUCAGUGCGAUAUCCAGCCACUACCUCCGAACCUUUAGAGGAAGACAUAACACAUAGACAGCGUCAUGGUGUCGAGAUUGAAACGCGGACGGUUCUCGACAACAGGAAAAUGAAUCCUUUCUCAAAAACACGGAAUACUCGAUACUUGGAAUCAAGGUAUUCUGGUACAGAACCUUUACUUUGCGAUCCUCAGGCUUCCAGGCAUCCGAGGAGGGGGGAUAGUCCCCCGGAGGAAGAACGACAUCAUGUUGAUAUUGCGCAGGACAAAAGUUAUUUCUACACAUCGUCACAAAGCGACUCAGAGAGUGUUCGCCAAUUUUCUCAUCAGUGGAUGAUAUCAAAGAUCAACAAUGCAUUGGAUCAGCUCCGAGAUGCUUUCAGUCUCGAUGAACAUGAGAGGGCCUUCUUCAAAUCUCGCAGGAGCAUGCCAAUAGACAGUACUCCAAAGCAAUACUCAAUGUCAUUGUUUAUUGACGGCAGAAGAGUUGCAAGGAAUUGUUGA